GUAUAAGAUUAAUAGAUCUAUUCGUCAUUCGAAAGAUAGUUUCGCUUGAAAUAUAAGAAUGAUUACAUUCAUAAUAAUAAUCUUAUACUAGGUAACAGCUAAGAUUAUUACGCCUGAUUUUUUAACUAGUCUGGGUUAUAGCAACUUAUAGGAGCUGUAUUGGAAGAGCAGACUCUGGUCCUACGUUAAAAGUAUCGAGUCCUACAGAAGUCAUGCAGGUCCUUCCCUCCUAUCUCACAAUACUAGCACAUUUCUUCAACCAAAUGUACGUCAGUGAAGGUGCUUCAACUAUGAUAGGCACCAAGUUUCUGCUGGCUCUACCCCAGAUGAUGAGCGGCAUUGACUAUAAACUACCACGUAUUGAGUUUCAUCUAUAUACAAACAAAGUCCCGCCCUUUUAUGUUUCCUACUCCGUUCGAUGGUUUAAUGGCUCUAACGUUUUAAAGGGUGCCACAAUGCUCUUGUUGGCCAACUUAGACCUAACAGUGCACGAGAUAACAUCAGAAAUACAGACUUACAAUUACAAGUCAGGGACAGGGUUAAGGUUCACCUUCUGUUUUGAGGCCACUCAGGCGUUUGGUCUCAAUGUGGCUCUUUUUGAUAGUAGAAAGUCUGGAGCUUUUAUCACCGCAAUGCCCGUGGAAGCAUGGGGAAAGAAUUACUUCGUAUUAACUCUGAACGCCACCCCGUCUAUUCAGAUCAGCACGGAGUUUGCCAACAAGUUAUCCAUUAGCUUGAGAAUAACGGGAGAUGCUUCCACGGGGGUAGAGUACAAAGGAAACACAUACUUCAAUGAGACACUUGAACUGUUUUUAAGCGCAUACCAAUCGUUUGAGUUGUCUGAGUGUAAACGCAAAUCAUUCCGUGGGUCUCUGACAGGAACCCACAUUACUAGCACGAGUCCCAUUGGCAUCGUUUCCGGCAACUGCGAAGCCGUCGUUACAACAGAAGCGUGUGAUACGGAGCAAGAUGCGACUGAGAUGUCCAAAGACAUCGCAGCAGAUAUGAUGCUGCCAACUGACAGCUUUGGAAAGCACUUUUUUCUUUUCGCGUUGCGAGACUCGAGCACACCGAGAAUGUACCUGGUCCUUGCCAAAUUGGCUAAGACCAAAAUUACACUUACUUGCAAUGGCAAAAUAAGAAGAUAUAAUACUAAAAAGCCAGGAAUGACUAGAGAGAUGACCGUUGCAAAACAAUUGAACUGUCUGCUUUAUGCUACUCUGCCUGUGAUGGUGGUACAAGCCCAGAUGUCUACUUGUUCGAACUCCGACAAAAGAAAACGCGGUGACCCGAGCCUCAGCCUCAUUGUCCCAUUUGAGUUGUUUUAUUACUUCUACACAUGGAGCACACCAAAAAACAUUGAUGCAGUUUUCAAGCGCUAUGUCGUACUUAUAGUAUUACAAGCGCACACUGGUAGCAUUCUUGUCGACGAUUUACGCGUGGAGGAACCUACGCUAAAGUGUGGCGAUGUGCAGAGACUGGGCGAGAAAAAGCGCAAGUGGCAGGCCUGUGAGAUCCCAGUGGGUGGAGCAUUACACAACGCCAAAAUAGAAAACCAUUACUACUUUGGGUGUUACAUCUACGGUGUAAGCAGUGAAUUCGGCUACAUGAGCCCAGCCGGGGCCAUUAUCUCUCCUAUCUAUAAUAGGUGUGAAAGCACCAUCACAACCGUGGUCAUCGAUGAUCUGAUAGAUAACGACUGCGACGGAACAGUGGACGAAGAGCUUGAAGACGGAUUAGAUAAUGAUAAUGACAGCCUUGUGGAUGAAGAUCUUGGUGUUACAAUUGAUAACAAAGUUCUAGAAUACCGGUUGUGGCAAGAAGUGUCUUCAAAGAGUUUCACAAAUUGUGGAGCACAUCGGUGGGGCUAUAAAUGCCAGAGGCACUGUGACAACUGCCUUGACGAUUGUAACAAAGAGGAAGGCUCCUGUCAUGUUUGCAAAGCUGGCUUUAAGGACGGCUCAUCCGGAUGCAAUCAAAAAUGCGGCCCCAACGAGUACGGUGAAGGCUGUUCCAGAAAGUGUGACAUCAAGUGUGACGGCGACGACUGCUAUGAGAGAGUCUUUGGCGAGUGCAAAAAAUGCCGCCCCUAUCACUGGGGUCUACAUUGCCUUCAAACGUGUCCAAACUGUCAAGACGACUGCGACAAGAGUUACGGGACGUGUGGUCAAUGUAAUGGUGGAUUUAAGCACCCACAAUACGGCUGCAAUUCUUCUUGUCAGACUAAUGAAUAUGGCGAGAAUUGUGCUAGGAACUGUACUGCCAAAUGUGGGCAUGAUUGUUUUGAUCGGAUCUACGGAAUGUGUUCGGAAAACGAUCAAGCGCCGUGGUCGAGAUGGCAGUGUAGCAGAAGCUGUUCGGAUUCGAACCAGUACAGGAAGAGACUCUGCAAUCAAAAUGAUACACACUUGCAUGAUUGUGCAGUGGGACAGAAUCGAACCUCGGACUGUUAUGUACAUAAGAAAUGUCCACUAGAAUGUCCUCAGUAUUCAUGGGGUCCAGACUGUGAAAAUAGCUGCAUAAAUUGCAUAUCAGACUGUGACAAAUUUAAUGGGUCAUGUGACAAGUGUCGUACAGGAUACGAAAAUCCAAAUAUGGGCUGCAGCAAAGCUGAUGGUAAGUUCAGUGAAUGGUCAUCCUGGAAGUGUUUUCGGGAAUGCGAAAGUGAGGAACAAAGUAGGCAAAGGUUUUGCAACAACCCCCCUCCAUCGAGUGGCGGGAAAGACUGCAUUGGUAAUGCCAUCGAAAUAAAAUUGGAAAAGUGUUUCGUAGGCAUCCAUUGUAACGAUGUCACCAGAUCUCCACGAAGUGAUGGCCAGUUUAGUGAAUGGUCAGACUGGGUUUGCGUCAAAGACUGUGAGUCUUUUCAAGAAGUCAGAGCGAGAACUUGUUUAAGAGGAGGUUUACAAUGUAUUGGAAACAUGUCAGAAUUAAGGACCAAGAUCUGUUAUAAAGGAAUCCCUUGUCUAGAGGACACAAGUCAAAGGUCAUCUUCAAACAUGAAAUACGGAAUGGUCAUAUUUUUUCUCGUACUAAGUGCUAUUGUACUUCCCUUGUGUCUUCGGUUUACUUUCUGAAUUGAAAGCUGUCACAUGCCAGUCUAAUCCUCCUUGAGAGUGAUGGGCCAGGAUCGAACACGGAACCAUCGAGACCACAGUCCAGAUUGCAUACGAUACGACCAUGUAUUUCCAAUAUUGCUUGUAUAAUGAAUAUAAGGGCCAAGUGUGGGCAGUACAAUUAAUAAUCUUUUUUUUUUUUUUUACUUUCAUGAAAGUGGUAAAAAUAGAUUGUUCUAUCGUGCAAGAAUUAAGAAGAAAACAAUAAUUGUUUUUUUCUCUAUGAAUUUUUAUUUUUUAUUUUUAUUUUAAUUUCGGACAGGUAUUAUGUAUUUUAUUGUUAAAAUAAAGAUACUAUUUGAAUGUAAAUUGGUAUUUCUAAGUAUAUAAUAUAGAUUAAUAUAGAAUAUACCUCUGUUUAAGUUA